GGAAGACAGAAAGACAACAGAAAAAGAUGGAUUAGAAGAUACAUUGGAGCACAUAAGCUGAAGCGAGCAAAAGUUAUUCAGAAGCCAUAAAGACAGAGGGAAUCAUGGCCUCGGACCAACACAGACCAAAACCCCGCUUAAGUCUCCGCUCCAGCACAACUAUACGUUACGGCUCCAUGAGCUCUGAGCAUCCGGAUGGAGACCCUUCCACCCCACAAACAACCUCCAUCUCUCAGAGACGCUCCUACAUUGCAGUGGCAGUGCUGUGUUACAUCAAUCUGCUCAACUAUAUGGACCGGUACACAAUAGCUGGUGUGCUGCCUAGCAUACAGAAGUUCUUCGGCAUCUCCGACAGCACAUCGGGCCUCCUACAGACAGUUUUUAUCUGCAGCUUUAUGUUCUUGGCACCAGUGUUUGGUUACCUUGGAGAUCGCUAUGAUAGGAAGCUUAUCAUGAUCGUUGGGCUGGUUAUGUGGAUCGUCACAACAUUGGGAAGCUCUUUCGUCAAAUCAUCGCACUUCUGGGUUCUGGUUGCGACAAGGGCUUUGGUCGGGACAGGAGAGGCCAGUUACUCCACCAUUGCUCCUACUAUCAUUGGUGACCUGUUCGCUGGCUCCAAGAGAACUCUUAUGAUCUCCUUCUUUUACAUCUUCAUACCAGUCGGAAGUGGUCUUGGAUACAUUGUUGGGGCAACUAUAGCUAAUGCAACAGGAGACUGGCGUUGGGCUCUGAGGGUCAGUCCUGCUCUUGGAGGAUUUGGUUUGCUGCUUCUGGUGUUUCUUAUACCCAAUCCUCCUCGUGGAGCCUCAGACAAUGGAGGAGCAAACAUGGAAACCACUUCAUACACUGAAGACAUCAAAUACCUCUUGAAAAACCGGAGUUUCGUCUGGUCUUCUCUCGGCGUUACGGCCAUGGCUUUUGUCACCGGGGCUCUGGCUUUCUGGACGCCCACCUUUCUGUCUCGUGCACAGGUCACACAGGGUCUCAGACAACCCUGCAAAGAAGAGCCCUGUGACUCUGUGGACAGCUACAUUUUUGGAGCAAUCACAGUGGUGACGGGAGUUGUUGGAGUGUUUCUGGGCACCUGCAUAUCCAAGAAGCUGAGAGACCGUGUGCCGAACGCAGACCCGCUCAUCUGUGCUGUAGGAAUGCUCAGCUCCUCACCCUGCUUCUUCAUUGCUAUAGUCCUGGCCUCCACCAGCAUCCCGGCCACUUAUACAUUCAUUGCUAUUGGAGAGACUCUGCUGUCGCUCAACUGGGCUAUUCUGGCAGACAUUCUUCUGUAUGUAGUCGUGCCUAAUAGAAGAGCGACAGCAGAGGCCUUGCAAAUUAUGGUCUGUCAUCUUCUUGGAGAUGCAGGAAGUCCAUACCUUAUUGGUGCGAUCUCAGAUUCUCUGAGUAAGUAUAAUACCACCGAUCCCAGCUGGGAUUUCCGCAGAUUGGAGUAUAGUGUUCUGCUGUGCCCCUUCAUUGGGGUCCUGGGAGGCCUGUUUUUCCUCAUGACCUCUCUGUAUAUCAAAGAGGACCGGAAAGCAGCAGAAUUGCUGACUUCAGGACAGGCUCCUGUACCAGAAAUAACCACAGUCUCGGAGUCAGUCUGACCAUGAAAACAACAACCCUGAGACCUUGAAUAAUCUUUGAUACAUCAAGCAGACACAUGUGAAUACAUAUGGAUACAUGGACAAUGAGAAUUAAGGCUUCAGAAACAUUGUAACAAUAAAAGUAACAUGUAAAAGUUUACAUGGCAAAGCACUUAGCAUCUUACUGAGACAAAAACACAUUAGCUUCGUUUGUUACACAUUUUAAGGCAAGAUAAUGCAGGUUAAUGGGGUAUAAAUAUUAACUAAUAAUUAUCACCAUACUUUGAUAGCACGUUUUCAAAAAUGUGUAUUUAAUAUGCAAUUGAAGCAUUAAUCAAAUAAAUAGGUGCUAAUUUGCCUACAAUUGAAGCACAAAAUUCUGAACAUUGAGUGAAGUCAGAUUCAAGGUGUUUUUACUCAGCAGAAUCAAAGGUUUUUACAGAGGGGAUUUUGGCAAUCUCUUUUUAUCACUCCAUUAUCCUAAAGAAAAAGCCAGAACACACUUAUUAUUGUUAAAUUAAACGUUGUAUAUAUUCAAACAAAUUAUGUUUGAACAUAUGCCUGUAUUGUUGUUAAAUAAAAAGUUAUGUAUAAUCAAGCAAAUUAUGUAAAAGCGUAUGACAACCUCUGUAAAAAACAAACAAAAAAAAAAAAACCUUCAGAAUAUAUUGUGGAUAUGAAUAAAACUGUGAAAUUUGGACUAUUAUAAGUGGUACUGUGCGACAAAUGAAACACUUAAAAGUGUAUUUUGGGUGUUUUCUUUACAUUAUUUUGAAGUAAAUAAAUAUAUUAAAAGCCUCAAAAUGAAAAGGUUCUAGAAAAAUUUCAAAUAAAAAAGUGUUUUAGCCUGCAGUGUCUCGUCUUAGCAUUUCUACUAGUCAUGUCUCACACUUCGAGUGUGUGGUAACACUUUACAAUAAGGUUAUAUUAUUUAUUAAUAGUUAAUACAUUUACUAACAGGAACAAAGAAUGAACAAUACAUUUAUUACAAUAGUUGUUCAUGUUAGUAAAUAUUAGUUAAUGGAAAUAAGGUUGUUCAUGAUAACUCACGGUGCAUUAGCUAAUGUUAGCAAGCAUGCAUUUGGACUAUCGUUGAUUAAUAAUUGCUGUUUAAGUAUUGUUCGUAAUUAAUUCAUGUAAGUAAAUAACAUCAAUUACAUAAACCUAAUUGUAAAGUGUGACUAAGUAUGUUUAUAAUUGAUUACUGUGAUUGUCUUGCUUGCGUAUUUUUCGUUUGGGAAAAUAGACUGCUUGCCUUACAUUUUUAGAUGCAUUUAUAUAAUUUCUUUUACCCAUUUACGAUAUUCAAGAAGGUGUCGUACCAAGCUCAGCAUGUUCUUGUCAUUGUGAGCACUCGUCCUGCUUUUUCCGCCUCUCCGCAGCUGUGUGUGCUACUAAUGAGAGCCUCAGGGGAACAAGGGGAGAGAACGUCCCCUCCUGGACCAAACCUGAAAGCUUGAAAUACUGUAUCUACUAAAUCCGUCCUCCACUGUACAGACUGGGAAUGUGUAGCAAGUGAAUAGACUUUUUAAAGUGCCAUUGUUUUUUAUUGUACUGUUUAUUUUAUUGUAAUUUUGUCAUCUUUUUUUUUACCAAAACAUUGUUGAAAUAAACGUAUAAGCUUU